AUGACCUUUGAGGGUAUCAAGCAAAUAAUUUAUUCUAUAAGGAGCUUUAUAUCAACCAUUAUAUAUAAUAUUGAUCAACAUGAUGAUAGUUUAAUAUUUUUAUUUGGGAAUAAAUAUGAUGCAGACAAAUAUGAUUCCUUUUUGAAGUCAUUUCAUGAAAUUAUUCUUUUUAGCUAUAGAUAUAAUUUCCCCACUAUUAGGAGUGAAUGGGAUUUUUCUAUAGAAACGGGAUCUUCUGUCACUACUGACUUAGGUUGGGGCUGUAUGCUUAGAGUAAUCCAAAUGAGCUUAGCAUUGGGAUUAUUGAGAUAUUGUAAAAUGAAGAAAUAUACUUACUCUUUAGAUUAUAUAUUACAGAAUUUUCAAGAUUUAGAAGAAUCUCUAUUUUCAAUACAUCAGUUUGUAAAAGUUGGAUGUAGUAUAUUUAACAAGAAACCAAAGGACUGGUUUGGGCCAACUUCUGCUUCAACUAUUGCUGACUAUUUAGUAAAAAAUAAUCCAUUUUUAUUUAAUAACUUUAGAAUAUCGAGUAUUUUAUUUAAAGAUGGAACAAUUUAUAAAAGUAAUUUGUUUCAAUCAUUUAAGAAUGAAGAAUAUUCUGAAAAUACAUUAACUUUUGUUUGGCUUUGUACAAGGCUCGGAUCCUCUGCACUAAAUAUUCAAAAAUACAAAGAUUCUAUUUUUUCUAUAUUCAAGAAUGUUCCUCAACUUAUUUGUAUUGCAGGAGGCCAUAAUUGCAGUUCUAGUGCACUUUUAAUUGUUGGUGCUAGUGAGAAAUUCCUCUACUGUCUAGAUCCUCACAUAAAAUUACAAGAGGCCUUUGUAAUAAAAAAUUUUAAUAGAGAAGAAUUUAUACAGCAAGUACCGAUGAGAAUAUCUUGGGAAAAUUUAAAUCCAUCUUUAUCAUUUGUAUUUUGCUGUACAGAUAUUGACGACUUUAAUCAUUUGUGUUACAGUCUAGUCAAUAUUGAUCCCCAACUCUUUGAAAUUCUACCAAACAAGAUUAAGAAACCAAAUUGGACAGAAAGGCGAGAUAGGGACAAUGACUUCAUAGUAAUUUAG